AGCUGUUUUUUUUUUAUGAAAACUAUGGAAUGGAUGGAGGGAACAAGUCAGAAGUCAGUAAAUAACCUAUUUUUCUAAAUGUUGUUAGAUAAUAAUUAUUUUAUAUUCAAUAAUUAUAAUCGAGCUUUAGUGGUACGGCAUUGUAAUAAUUUUAUUGAAUCUUAAAUUUCCUCUUUGAGUUUAGACAUUUCACUAAUUGUUUCAUCGUUUUCAAAUUACGGUACCUAACGUUUUCAGUACCUAAGUGUUGUGUUAAAAUAUCUUUCAAUUAAAUAAAUGAAAAAUUUGUUUGUUCGUAAUUCUAAUGAAAUGAACAACGCAGUGACACGAGAAGUUGACAUUUAUAAUGAUUAUACUCCAGUGGAUAUGUUUGAAAGAGCAGUGAGUAAUGAUAAAGACAAGAUUAAGGUUAAGUAUAAUACCGGUUCUCAAAACGUGCGUUCAAAAAACAAUAAUAUGAGUUGGAAGAAAGGUGAUUUUUGUCGUGCUAUAUACACCGACGGACUUGAAUAUGAAGCAGAAAUACUGGAAAUAUCAAAAAAUAAGUGUGUCAUCAAGUACUUUGGUUAUGGUGAUGAACAAACAUUGUACAUCAAUGAUUUAUUAGAGUCCCAUGGAGAGGAAGCCAGACAAGAACAAUCUAAAAUUGCCUCCAAUAGUGAAGAAUAUUUAAAUGAUGACAUGGAAAUAGCUGAACCCUUGAGGAUAGGACUGCAGGCCGUUCCACCACCGGGACAAACGGUUUAUCCACCACAGCAACAACAGGUUCAUCCACCACCGGGACAAUCGUUUCAUCCUCCACCGGGACAAUCGUUUUAUCCACCACCGGGACAAUCGUUUCAUCCACCACAGCAACAACCGUUUCAUCCACCACCGGGUGAUCCGCCAUCGGGACUACCUGGUUUUCUGCCGCGUUAUCCACCACCUCCACCUCCACAUGUUUUGAGUAAUUGUGGUGUUGAUGAAUCAGAAGCAAUGUCUGAGAUGUUGAUGUCGUGGUACAUGAAUGGCUUUCACACAGGCUAUUACGAGGGACUAACGAGUUGGAAGAAAUCAGGUAGAAAAUAACAAUCAAAUUAAAGCCUAAGCGUACAAUUCCUUAAACUGUAUUGAAUUUGGUCUAGUUUUCUUGAAUUCAAGUUUUUAAACGUUUGAGUUGAAUAGGCGAUUUUUAAAAAGUUUAGGGUAUGAUUACAUUGAAUGUAUACAUGAGCAAGUGCAAGCUUGGUUAUGCAUGACCAAGCGUGCAGAACACUCACACUGAAUGCGUGAAAUUGCUGAUUGUGUUAAAUGUAAGCAGCUACAUGCAAGGCAACGUGUUUCAAUGGCAAUUUAAAAUUUUGUUUUCUGCUAAUUCAUCAUCUGACAUUCACUUGCACUUAUACGCAUUCAAUGUGUUUACUGAAUUCAAGUUUUUAAAACGUAAAUAACUAUGAAGUAAAAAAUCUGUAAUUUUUAAUCUUUAUCUGCCUCAUACUCUUUUAUUUGGUUGUUUAUUUACAUCCUACAUUGACUGAAAACUGUUCUAUCUUAUUCAUUUUUAGGUUACAUUGUACCUUCAAGAUUCAUGUUGAAUCUAAAAGUCAAGCACGUUCAACAUCUACUUGAAUCAACAAAACUAUAUUUUGUAAAACUUAGUGGAUUCAAGUUUCUGUCCUUGUAAUCUUGGCUUUUCAAAAUAUAUUCAUUUCACACAAACGUCAUGAAACUUGACUAAUGUAGACACCCCUUUAGCGAUGACUAUAGCUGCCACGGCUAGAUCACAUACCCUAUAUUCAUUCAAUAGAUAUUAUACUCUGUCCAAACUGGCAUGAGCGCUGAAAGAUUAAGCCGACCCCCGCUCCCCCACGCGCAGGCGCACACGCCCGGCCUACCUGCGCCAUUGAUAUACUAAGGUGCGUACAGAUAUAUGCGCCGCGAACAUGAGCAAUUCACUUUUAAUCACUUUUUUUACGCAGGCCUAGCCUAAUGAGGAGUGCACUUGAUAUUUUUUAUGUUAUUAUGCUUUGUAAAAUUGUACAAUGAAGUGAAUAAAAGUUAUUAUUAUUAUUAAUCAGCUGACUAUAUCUGUAUUUUUACAGAGACGGUAAGAUACAGAUAUAGAAAGCUUGGCAUCAGCUGAUUAAAAGUGAAUCGCUCAUAUUUGCGGCGCGUAAAUCUGUACGCACCUUUAUGUAUACUACAUAGUAUACAGGUAGACAGGCCGUCCCUUCACUCACACACACAAAAGGAGACUGCGCUUGUUUGUGUGAGUAGUAGGAGGAUCGGCCUAAUCCUUCAGAGCUCAUGCCAAUUUGGACAGAGUAUAAUCAUCAAAGCAAUAUAGUUGCAAACACUUUCAGUUCAUUUGCAGCCAUAAUAUUUAAAUACAGCAUGAAAAUCGAAUUAAUCACCGAAUGUUAUGAAUUUAAAGGUUCAAUUCAAUUUUUUUCUGUCUGUGACCAGUGUAUAUACUGGAUAGACAUUGUCGAUUUAUAAAAAAGGUUAAUGUGGACCAGCCGCAGCGGUUCUAGCCACGCGGCUCAAUUCAUUGCUAAGGAAUUUCACCUUCAGCCAUUUCCAAUCAUACAUCAUAUUGUAUCUGUUUGAUUCUCUUGAGAUGGGCUUAUCAAAACUCAGUAAUCUGUAAUUAUUCACAAAUUAAUUGUUUUUUAUGUAAGUGCUGAGAGAACUUGUACCAUAUAUAAAAAAUACUUUUUCAAUGUAAAUUCAGUCCCUUCCAAAACGAUGUGAAAUUGUCAAUAAAAUGUGAUAAGUUUUUU